CCAGCGCUCCCGCCACGAUGCCGCGCAAUCUCUCGCGAUUAAAAUUCAGGGCACCGAGGCCGCCAAAGCCGCUGAAUGUGUCGCGGAUUCCUCUCCACAACCGGCUAGCCGUCGCGCGCGAAGUCAGGAACCAUGUCCUCCAACUAUCCAAACCAGCCGCCCUCGGCCUGCAAGUCGUUGUGAACCCGAGCUGGAAGGACCUCCCCGGAAAGAAGACGAAGAAAUUGGCAUUCAAGCCGCACACGCUGAGAGAUGUCGUGGAUCCCGAAGCAAAGGCGAAGCAUGGGCAGAUCAUCUACAUCUUCAGGAACAGCAGGACAAACCAGGUCAUCUACUCGCUAGCGGAACUGCUUGAUAACCACCAUCUCGAGCAGCUGCCCUUCAUUGGCAAGCACUCCAAGCCGCCCGUCCUCCGCCCAGACGAAUGGACACCCCACUGCGUCAUCACCUUUCCCUCCGCCGAGCAAGGCCUCCACGCCUUCCGCAAGCUGCGCGAGUUCCGCAAGCUGCACGAGCUCUCGUGGGACAAGACGAACCCCGAAUGGAUAAAUAUCAGCCCACAGGAAAGAAUCAAGAAGAUCCAGGACCAAGUAGCAAACACAAGCGCAGACCUGGCUGAAGUGCUGCGCAUGCAGGAAGAGCAGGGUGAAUGGAUGCAGAAGAACAUCGAAGAGCAGCAGGAGCGCGUCGUUGAGUGCAUGGACGAGAAAUGGCUUGCGAUCGACGCUUUGGCGAAUGCUUCCGUUGCGAAGGAUAAGAAGGAUGGCGACAAUACCAAAUGGCUGCAGCAACAGAUCAAGAGCCUGGAUUUUCAGCUCGGGCUGAAGACGAACCAAAACGAGGCAGACCAGAAACGACUGAAGGUAGCGAAACACAGUCAUGAAGUCCGGCUCAGCAAAAUCCUCUACGCCCAGCGGAAGGCUGAACAAUUUAAAAAGAUGCAGGCGAAGCUGGAAGCGGAAGCGGAACUUGCUAACGAGGCCGGGGCAUCGGCGAAGCUAGAGAGGCUGAAAGAGGACAUCCGCCUGCUGCAGCAGGAGCUCGCAAACCCCACCUCAGAACGCACCAAAGAUGAGAUCGCCUCCGACGUGAAUACGAUCAAGGACUACAACGACGAAAUCGACCGAUUAGAGAAAGCCUUCGCAGCUAAGAGAAAAGCCGAAGCUCGAGACCACUCCAUCGCGCGCUCCGUCCUCCCGCGCCAACUCAAGAAGCAGCUCCCCCAGCCAUUUUCUAUGAAGGUCGAACUGCUCUGGGUGGACCCGCUGGAUGCCGAGUAUGCUGCGGGGAACUGGCCUGCUGCUAUCUACCACGACGUGCUUCCGCUAAAAGCCACGAGAGACUCGGUGCAUUACUUGAAUGCUGCCGAGUAUGAGGAUGCGGUUAAUGAUGAGGUCCAUGGUAUGGUGAAGACGCUAGAAAGGCAGGCGCUGCAAGAUGCGGGAAUAGAACCAUAUGAACCUGAACCGCAGGUGGAAGAGAAGACGGGCGUAUGGAAGUAUCUGCCCGAGAUCAAAAACCCAUUUAAGCGUGCUGAUGCAUAGCAUCUUUUCGCCUUUGUAGGUCUAGACACGCAGAACGGCUUGUACUAUAUCUUGUAGGUAGGGGGUUAGAAUGUACAAAGUGUACAAUACAUGUCACAUGCGCCACC